CCCCCUCGCUCUCUGUCUUCUCUCUCUAUCUCUCUCCCUCUCACUUCUCCCUCUCUCUCUAUUUGUCUCUAUCCGUUCCAGUAACCGAGUGAAUGCUCUCCCAUGGAGGUAGUACAACAACCUUGGGGACUGUACAACGAGAAGGGUAAUUUCUCCAAACAAGAAGAGCCUGUCAGCUGGCGACGCAUCGGGUGAAACCGGAGCCCUGCGCGCUGGGCUGCAUAGAGAAGGAAGUCUCCUCUGUAGCCUCGUUGCACCCUUGUUGCACCCUUAACUGCCGGUAGAUCGUUUCAAUUGGGGACACAUAUCUGCACCAAUCUCCUCCAUGGCUUGUCACGGCUGCCCCGUGUCUCUCCGAGCCACAAGCAUUACGGUCUACGCUUUGGGUUACUAAAUGGUUUUCUGGGGGAGGAAUUCUAACCGGCGAGAUGCUGCUUGUACUUCUGCUGGUGGCCUGUUCUUCGUCCAUCUCCGGCUCCCUGGCCUCCUCCGUCUCCUCCCCCACCUCCUUGGAUGGAUAUCCAAUGGCGGACCCGUCCUCCUCGGACCUGAUGGUGGAGACCUGCAGCGUGUGCUCCUGCAUGUCCGUGGAGAAUGUGCUGUACGUCAACUGUGACAAGAUCACUGUCUACCGGCCGACGCAGCUGAUCCCGCCCGUCUCGUCCCUCUACCACCUCAACUUUCAGAACAACGUCCUGAUCAUUCUGUACCCCAACUCCUUCCUCAACUUCACCCACGCCGUCUCGCUGCAGCUGGGCAACAACAAGCUGCAGAACAUCGAGGGCGGUGCCUUCGCGGGGUUGAGCGCGCUGAAGCAGCUCCACCUCAACAACAAUGAGCUGAAGGUGCUCCGAGCGGACACCUUCCAGGGCAUCGAGAGCCUGGAGUACCUGCAGGCCGACUACAACCUAAUCAAGUACAUUGAAAAGGGGGCCUUUAACAAGCUGCACAGGCUCAAAGUGGUCAUCCUGAAUGACAACCUCAUACAGUUACUUCCAGACAACAUAUUCCGCUUUGCGUCGCUCACUCACCUGGAUAUAAGGGGGAACCGGAUCCAGAAACUCCCGUAUCUGGGCGUUCUGGAGCACAUCGGUCGCAUCGUGGAGCUGCAGCUGGACGACAACCCCUGGAACUGUACGUGUGACUUGGCGCCGCUCAAGGCAUGGCUGGAAAACAUGCCCUAUAACAUUUUUAUUGGCGAGGCGAUCUGUGAAACACCUAGUGACCUGUACGGGAGACUGCUGAAGGAAACCAACAAGCAGGAGCUCUGUCCCCUGGGGACCGGUAGUGACUUUGACGUCCGGAUGCCCCCAGUGCCGCCCGAACAUGGCCAGUCACCUUCGAACAUGUCCCCUACCACUGUGGCCACCCUCAUCACAAAAGCGCCAAAGUCCACUGACCCGUCUAAGAUGUACGGUAAUGGCAUUGUCGCCGGUUUGCCUCCCUUUGGUAGAACCGGCCAGAUUGUUUCUUACCAGACGCGGACACCCCCACUAUCAUGUCCUCAGCCCUGCACUUGUAAGGCCCAUCCCUCCGAUUUUGGUAUCAGUGUCAGUUGCCAGGAGAGGAACGUCAACAAUUUAUCAGAUCUCAUCCCUAAACCCCCCAAUGCCAAGAAGCUCCACCUGAGUGGAAAUUACAUUCGCGACAUCAGUCCCGUGGAUUUCCAAGGCUUCGAGGGCUUGGAUCUGUUGCACCUGGGCAGCAAUCAAAUCGCUACCGUCCAGAAAGGUGUGUUUGCUAACCUGACAAAUCUGAGGAGGCUGUAUUUAAAUGGAAACCAGCUUGAACAGUUGCACCCAGAGAUGUUUUUGGGUCUCACAAAUUUGCAGUAUCUAUAUCUGGAAUACAAUGUCAUUAAGGAAAUCCUGGCGGGAACAUUUGAUUCCAUGCCGAACUUGCAACUGCUUUAUCUAAACAACAAUGUGCUCCGGAGUCUGCCUGCCUACAUAUUCGCCGGUGUCUCAUUGGCCCGACUGAAUCUGAAAAACAACCACUUCAUGACACUGCCAGUGAGCGGUGUCUUGGACCAGCUGCGGUCAUUGACCCAGAUCGACCUUGAAGGGAAUCCGUGGGAGUGUUCUUGCGAUCUGGUUGCCCUCAAAAUCUGGCUGGAGAAGUUGAGCGAUGGUGUGGCUGCCAAGGAGGUGAAAUGUGCCUCCCCUGUGCAGUUCUCCAACAUUGAGUUGCGCCUCCUGAAAAAUGAGAUCCUCUGCCCGAAGCUCAUCGCCAGGCCUCCCGUCAUCUUCACCAGCUCCACCCCUCUUUUAACGUCCCUCUCCCCGGCCGGGGUGGGUAAAGCCCCGCCCGGGGGCCCAGUCCCGCUCUCCAUCAUGAUCCUCAGCAUCCUCGUCGUCCUCAUCCUCACCGUGUUCGUGGCCUUCUGCCUGCUGGUGUUUGUCCUUCGGCGGAACAAGAAGCCUGCUGGGAGGCAGGAGGGGCUCGGGGGGCCGGAGUGUGGAUCCAUGUCGCUGCAGCUGAGACGGCACAGCCACAAGUCGGGCAAAAAGGGCUGCGUCCCUGGCGACGACCUGGGCGGUGAGACGUUCAUCCCUCAGACCAUCGAGCACAUCGGUAAGAGCCACACCUGCGGGAUCGGACGCUCUUCAGACAUGGACGCCGGCUUCAAGUUCGCCGACUCUCAGCGGCAGAAGAUUAUCCUGCGCAACUGUGCCGACAAGGAUAAGGACUCGCUGUCCACACUGGAGCGCAACAAGCGCCUUAGCACAAUCGACGAGCUAGAGGAGUUCCUCCCCGGACGGGAAUCCAACAUGUUCCUCCAGAACUUCCUGGACAGCAAACGAGAUUUCAACAGCAUAGGGAUGGGCGGGUUUGAAAUCCGCUACCCAGAGAAACCUGAUAAAAAGAUGAAGAAGUCGUCCCUGAUAGGAGGGAACCACAGUAAGAUCGUGGUGGAGCAGAGGAAAAGUGAGUAUUAUGAGCUGAAAGCCAAGCUCCAAGGAACACCUGAUUACCUGCAGGUGCUGGAGGAGCAGACUGCACUUAGUAAAAUGUAGGGAUGGUUGUGCUUGAUUCAGUGCAUUUUUGUGAUCAAACAAACAUGUGCACAGACAAAGACACUAACACUAACACGCACACAAACCCACAGACACAGUUACAGAUAAUUAUCUUUGCAACCAUAUAGCCAGAUUGAGAGUCCCACCCCCACUUACACAAACACAAACACAAACACACACACACGCACACACACACACACACACACACACACACACACACACACACACACACACACACACACACACACACACACACACACACACACACACACACACACACACACACACACAAACAAAGUGCCUUCUGAGAAUCCUUAAUGACCAAUGCAGAAACGGACAAAAUGGCUCCACACUACAAGGCUAUCACUAGCAUUCAGCGCGGAUGUAUUUCACAGUAUAAGACAUUUGAUUAUCCAUGCCAUUGUUAGUAUGUGUACGAAUUCCACACAAUUGAUCGCAGGACACCCAUAAAAGCAUAAAAAGGCAUUGUAUUUUUGCUGCUAUUGAAAUGGGUACUUUUUAAUUUUUUUUGUUUUCUUUUUUUCUCCUUUUUUUCCAACCAAAUUGAAGGGUCUUGAAAACAGUGCUUCAGAGCAACAUCUUGAACCCUGAUAAAAAAAAAAGGAACGGGGUAAUUAAUUUCCCCCGUGGUGGGAAUCGUGAUUUCAGAGAGUGGAGAAUUGUUGACUCGGUGGAUACCCUUUUGUUCUUAAUUUGCAGAGGACAAUGAUUCAUAAGGGGGGAGGGGGAAUCUAUCAUUCUCUUCGGAGUUGCCUGAAGACCCUACGCCAUCUUGCCUGGAUAAUGUGUAUGUGCUCUGUUCUAUGGGGUGUACAGGAAGACUACACUAAGGGGUCUGGGAUGAAGGCACUUGGAGAAACUCUGGAAUGAUCUCUCAACUCGUUCUCAUUGUGUAAAGAGCCAUGUUUAAUAACGUCUCUUCUGAAUGGAGUUGUGUUUCUCUGCAAUUGCUACUUACUUGUCUGUUUUGGGUGGAAUAAUAAUGACACUUACACUGUCAGAGGACAUUGUUUCUGAAAAAAACGGAAAAACAAAAACCCAAGAAAAAAAAGAGCUGCUUGCCAUGUAAGCGUAAUAUGGAAUUUAUUUUGUAAGUCUUACAUUAUUUGUAUAAGUCGGACUGGUUUGUAAAAUACGAGGAAUGACAAAAAAUAUCACACUCAAAUGCAAGUGUUCAUCUUUCAGAGACUUAAACCCAGAUUUAGCGGUCAAAAAGGCCAAUAUGACUAAAUCUGCGAUACAACCCCUCCCCCAUCAGCUAUCAAUUCGUAGUAAAGUAAAGAAUUAAACCACAUAAUUUAUUUAUUUUUCUAUGCAGGAUUAUUUAAAGAGUUAUUGGUACUAUUUAAACAAAAAGAAGAAAUAGUAAAAAUAUAAGAUUGAAAAGGACUUCAUAGCGAGGCGGCAUCUCAAGCUAAUUAAGGCCCAAGUGUGCUCGCUACACCCAAAGGAACUGCUCUGUUACUUCAAGGUUGUGUUUCUGUUCUGUUUUAUUUAGUUCUCUCUAAGUUUGUAGAAGAAUUGCCCCUUUGCGAUGGACAGGAGUGAGAUAACGGUCAUCUCUCACAUGGUCACGGUAGAGGGUCAGGUGGCCAGCCAUGUUUGUGAAGUUCAAGGUAGUUCUCUUCUAUUCUUAUAUCUCCUGCAGUAUCUUGUAAAAGGUUUCUUAUUAAACAUUAUGCAACCAAAAUAAAUGUGUAUUAAACUUGAUAUAGUUCUGGGUUGUUGACAUGAAUGGAUACAAUUGCAGAAUAUGUCAGAGAAUGAAGGAUCAAAAGAGAUCAAACGUUUUUCAAAAAAAGAUGUGUGUCUAUUAAAUUGUUUUAAAUUGGGAAGAUUUGGACGAAAUCAUCAUUAAAACCAUGUGCAAUAUUAGUAAAAAAAAAAAUAUCAUGAUGGCUUAAAAUAAUUUUAUUUUUUAAUUUAGUUUCAAGUUAUAUUGUCAAGUCAAGUUCUAUUUCAGAGAUUAUUUUAUCAACAAUAUCUGGUCCUUAUUAAAGGUAUUUGUUAAGUUAAAAUUAUGAGUGUUUAUCGACAUUACAAUGAAUAGAAUGUAUCUUGGAAAGUAUAAUAAAUACAAUUUUCUAUUGGACAUACAACUCCUGUAUAUUGGUUAAUUUUCUCUUGUAUAAUCAUGUUGACAUCAAGGUAUUAAAAUCAGCACCUAUUUGCAACGUGUCCCACUUUUUAUUUUAGCCUCCGAGAUGUUUUUUAUUUCUCGGACUGUCACAGCUUGUUUACCUGAAUUAGUGUGAGGAGCGUAGCAUUUAUGAUGCUGUUUCCAUGGAGACCAAGGUGACUUGUACAUGGUUUUAAUAUUUAGAGUCACCUAACUCAGCCCAGAGAGCUUUGCGUUUGCCCCGGACAUAAAAUAUGAAAGGUCAAAAAAGAGUACCCCCCUUUCUAUGACAUAGUGUGGCUCAGUAUGUGUGAAGUACUGACAUUUAUGCUCAAAUCAUUUUCGGAAUGAGUGUAGGGGUUUCCCGGGCAUAUUUUAACAUGAAUCCUUUGCUUGACACAUGCUGUUGUGGUUGUCGAUGAAAGAGCUAUGCCCUGUGUAGGCACUACCUACAUGUCGGUCAUUAUAUUUCAAAGUUAAAACCUACUUGCUCCAAAUCGUUUCAAAGAGGGUCAUGUUUGUAUAUCUGUAAAUUCCUUAACAUGAAUGAAUGCAUUGCAUACAAUAUUGUCCGGGUCUCUUUUACAUCCAUGUUGAAUAUUAACCGAGAUUUGUAAAGCAAAACGAUUUCUUUUCAAAUGUAUUUUUUAUUACUGUACUAUUGUACAUUCCCACAGAAAAAAAAGCAACAUGGAUUCAUAGCAUCCAUAGCUUGCGGUUUGACACGCUUUCACAAGUUCUGGUCUCGCCACAAAGGGUUUUACAGCACAUGGUUUUGAAUUAACUGUCUGGGUUAAUCCAGCAUUAUUGGGCUUUUGGGGAAACCCAGUAGCAAAAAAAAGCAUGACUCAUAGGGGAGCUGGAGAAUUGUCCUCAUUAAUUAUUAACACCUUGGGUAGAAAUUGAUUCUCUUGGUUUUCAGCACCAAGUGCUCAUAUGCCCCAUUUCCCCUCUUUCUCUCUUGUUUAUACGUUUGGCUGUCCAAUCUCAUUAAACUGCACUAACCAAAAACUACAACUAUUUAGAAUUAUUCUUUGUAAUAAUUUGCAAUGGACAACUUUGAUCAAAAUACGAUUCAAGCGAUUACUUUUUUUUUUUUUUUUUUUUCUUUCACUGCAGUGUCUUGCUUGAGCUGUAUGAAGGUCAACUAUUUUGCAGGACAUACAAUAAUCAUUUAGCCAAUUUAAAUGUGGCCACUGGGGGAGCACAAGAGUUAAGUAUCUCCAUCUCGCAAAGCAUUUCACCAUCAUUACCAGUGUACUUGGGGAAUACAUCAAACAAAUUAUAGACUUUGUUGACAUCUCUGAGUCUAAUUCAAAUUUUUUAACUGAGCAUAGAUUUAUCGUUACCAAAGUUAAGCCAUUGAUAGAUUUGGAUUUAUUUGUUAAUUCCCCCAAUGUAGGCCUAAUCAUGUGCCUUUAUAUAUAUUUCAUGUAGUACAUCUCUAACAUGUGUGCCCAAUGAAUACAAGUAACAAUUCAUUUCCACUUUUUUGUUACAUUUUGUGAAAUAUUUUGCUACUUUCAUGUUCAAAUGCUGCAGUAACCACCAAUGUUUAACAUGCAUUUUCGAGGUUUGCAUUCAACCAAUAUUGACGUUUUUUUUUAAACUUUUGACACCACAGACCCUUGAAUUUAUUGCAUUCUGUCUAGAUUACGUGGUUUAUAUCAUGGCCCCCAUCUUUUUCAACUGGGUCUUCUAUCUUUUUUUUGCUGGGCUGACCAUGUAGCCAAGUUCCUCACUAGUAAGAAUUAGGUAAUUUUUUCAUCCGCUGCAGUCAUGAUGCCAAAGGGGGAGGAAUGAAUGGGGAUGUCAUCACUCGGGUUAGCAAAAAUGCCCAAAUGGGUCUCCCAUUGUGCUGCAACAAUCCUUCGUCUCACAAAAGCACUAACCCUAGUGAAAGGCCUUUUCUCAUGAUUUUGAGAUGCUCCGCUGGGCAUCUCGCAUUUCACCCUUUCCAUGUUUCAGGAAUAUUUCUCCAUAGAAAAAACAUGUUAGGUAGCCGCUAGCUAGCCAUUUGAACAACAUGUGGGAAUGAGUCUUGAUAAUGGGGAAGUUAAUUGUUGCAGUACGAUCAUGUUACUAUGGGUGGAGCGAGUGAGUGUCAUGAUAGUCUAAGCCCAAAUUCAAAGCUUUUAUCUUUUAAGGGAGACCACAAUUAUCAAAAUGUAUAAAAUGCCUUCUGUCACACCUCUGUUAGAUGCUUUUUUUGCAUUUAAGGGGCAGUAGUAUGUUCCUGUGCGCUUUAACUGCUAUUAACAGGAUACGCAUACAAUAACAUGCAUUUAACCUAUGAUGUGAAUGUGACACAGAAGGUGCCAUAUGUGUGUCAUACACAGUCCUGAGUGAAUAAUGCUGUUAUUUUAACUGUAAUUUCUUGGUUUUGAAAGAUGUUUCCAGCCCAAGUGUGAUCUCUCUAUUCUUGGUUAAAAAUAAAUGAAAAAAGAGACAGCAGUUGACACAGG